GUUUGAUAACCUCGGCUAGUUACAUAAACUAGCGACAUUUGGAUAGGUAUAUAAAUCAACAAUAGAGCGGGCUUACCUACCAUAUACCUAUGUACCUACUUUACUGUAUCUCCUCUCAAAGACCUUAAAGCUACCAUGUCAAAAGUCUUCAUCGUUACCGGUGCGAGCCGAGGUCUCGGCUUAGCUGUAGCACAAGCCUUGAUUCAGGCUUCCCACAAGGUGUUUCUGGUUGCCAGGACUGAGAAGGAUAUGCAGACGUUGAAAGCCCAACACUCAGCAUCUGUCGAUUUCAUAGCAGCAGAUCUAGCAGACCUUAAGGUUGCACCCAAAAUCAUCGAAUCGGCGCUAAAAGCGUUUGGCAAGAUUGAUGGUAUCGUUGUCAAUCAUGGCGUCGUAUCUCCUAUCACAAAAAUAUCCGAAUCGAAUGCUGAAGAAUGGAGAAAAGCAUAUGAUAUCAACGUGUUUAGUGCUAUAGCAUUGAUUAAAGAAGUCAUCCCCGAACUUCGAAAGUCAAAGGGCCGCGUUAUAUUCGUCUCUUCUGGAGCCGCGUUUGGCGCAUAUGCGGGAUGGGGCUCUUAUGGCACCUCUAAGGCAGCUCUGAAUCACUUUUGCAGCCAUCUAGCUGUUGAGGAACCUUCCAUUACUAGCAUUGCCAUUUCACCCGGGAAGCUCGAUACUGAUAUGCAGAAAGAAAUAAGAGACACGGGUAAGACUGGAAUGACACCAGAAGUUUAUCAGAGCUUCGUCAAUGAACAUGAAAACGGACUGCUGGUGGAUCCUAAAAAGCCGGGCACUGUCAUAGCCAAGCUGAUUAACAGUGCACCCGGAGAUUUAAGCGGCAAACAUUUCAGAUGGAACGCGACCGAGCUUGCAGAGUUCCAAGAGAGCUAAUGCAAGGAAAACCCGCGGAAUAGGUACUAAGACUAUACAAUAUAUUAGCUGGGGUGAACUUUUUUGGUUGUACUAGAGAAGGAACAAGAAGAUAGCUUCAGCCGAAAGAUGAAAAGAUUCGGUUGUUUCAACAUUAUGAUUCAGGAGCACGUAAAUCAUCAUAAGCAGUUAUGUUUAGAAGUUAGAUAUUUGUCAUACCUUACUAGAGUUAUAUUUCUGGUUCUAUAAUCGGUUCAACAAGACGAAAACCAUGUUCAUAUUGGUACCUUUGUAUAACAGGCAAAUUAGCUUCUUACGCCUUUUAGCUAAUACAAUUCUUUCAUUAUACAGCGAGAGCGUGGUUGAUCAGGUAGUAAUGGGGUCCGUCAUGUAGAAUCGGUAUUUGAUAGUACUUUUAUUAUUUGGCAUCAUAUUCGGAGAAGCUAUGGGAUAGUUGGUAUGUGCGUAUGUAUAUACCUUUUCUAUAAAAUUAAUGCAGCCUGCAAGUCCACUGU